AUGGUCAAGAGGAGGAUCUUGCUCUGGACUACUCUCGGUUACAUCAUUCUUUGUCCCAUUGUUACCUUGAUUGAGAUGUUCCGCAUCUGCAUCCCACUGGAGAGAAAUUGGACAGGCGAUAGAUGCGUUGUUGUGGGGGGUAUGAGAUUACUUCGGAUUAGCUGGGGGUUUCAUUUCGCGGGAUCUCUCAUCGGUAAGCACAAAAGGCCAUUCUGGAGUGAAAGUCCUGGAUAUCUGAUCUUGGUCAUAGUUUUCGCGCUCCCCUGGCUCAUUUUGCCCGACCUGCAGCUCAAAGGCAGCCUUAGGAUGGGUGUAUACUACACUUUUCUUCUUGGGCUGGCGGAUAUCGCUGUGUGUCUCACCCGCUACAUUGUAAUUGAACUGGCUGCUGCCAAACGCCCACCUUCAAUGAGCCUCCUACAGCUUUUUGUGGCCUUGGACUACACACUUAGUCUGGUAAUUGCCUGCCUACCUUCGCUUCGACCAUAUUUUCGAGCGAAUCAACAGACAACCACCGACAAGGGCUCGAAUCCCACUCAAUCGACUACCACGAAGAAGUCAGAUUUUGGUCCCACCUCGCUUGCUGAAAGAGAAUUGAUGGAAGAUAGUUGA